AUGUACGUGCCUAGAACACCCGAUCUACAAUCCCGCACCGCAUCGCUGCCCCCGUCCGGUCCUCCUUCCCUUCCUCCCUCGUCAGUCCUUUUCACCGCCCAAGAGGCGGAGGAGAGUAUCGAGUUCAUUCAGAGGGAGCUCUCGCGACUUCUGCGGGCGUGCGAGUACAGGGAGAAGCACCCUUACGACAUCUUGAAAAGGAGAGAGGAUGAUAACCUCGGCGAGGCAGUGGCGCGCAGUGUCGGUGGCAGCAACGGUGCCUCUUCGCGGAUCACGUCAGCAUCAGCGUCGCAUAGACGCGGCUCAACCGCGCCCUUGCUGUCGGACGCAGAGCCAUCACUCAAAGUAGGUCAGCUCAGCACCACCUCCUCUUUUCCAUUUGGCCUUCAUCGCAGUGACGCCGCUGAGUCAGCGUUGUUUUCUGGUGCCGAGAUCGGUGCAGACGCGAAUGCUACAGUCACAGCGGCAAAUCUCAGCGCUGCUUCUUUCUCCACUUUCGAGAGGCGCCGUAUCGCCCAUCUCCUGGGUCGUGUGGCGCUAGAGAUCGCUGCUGUCUGGACGUACGUCCGUCAAGGCGAGCCGCUUCGCGGUGCUUCACCAACGGAUGUCCCCACGCUAACCUCCUCUCUCCCAACGACUGCACGCGGGACGGCGCAGCUGUCAAGUGACCGCAGCACAGCCGCACCUGCAGUGUCGCCCUCAACACCAGCGUCUUCGACUGUUGACGGUGGAGAUGGACGUGCCAUCGCGGCAGCCCACCUCAAUAACGCAGAGGCUGACGUCACAACACCUGCGGUGAUGCGGUGCUCUGUGUGGGGCGAGACACCCAAAAAGGAUCAAGAUGCUUAUGGCGGCGGUCCUGCAGCAAAAAUUACCGCACUGCGUGAACUGAUCGCGACAGCUGCUGCUAUCCAACGCUUUCUCGGGGUGGCGGGUGGCGGCGGCGGCGGUGAGAGCGCUGGCACAGAAGGUGCCGCUGCCGCCGUAGGUAGUGUGAGGGUGAAGACGCCUCUGGAAGUUGCUCAAGUGACAUCGCUAACAUUCAGCAGUUCCUCCUUUGGCGACGUCACGGAAUGCAUUCCGGAAGCAGCGGGUGUCUUCGUUGGCACGCAGUCUUGCCGUGACUCCGCCGGCGUUGAUGCGUCUUCUGUUGUCACCGCGGCAUCGCCAGGCUUCCCGUCAGCCCUUUCCAGAGGUCGGACAGCAGCACCAGAGGAUGCUGAGCAGCACAGUAGCGAAGGCGACACGACAAUACUUGCAACGUCUGACAGUACCGCUGCGUGCCGGGUACGCAGCGGUGGCAGUCGAGUAAAGCAAGGUAGUGCCACCGCGUCUUCCAUCCCCUUUUACCUGCGCGCCUACGUAUUCAAAGAUGGUACUGGCGGCUGUGAUGACGAGAUAGGUAACUCCAGUGAGGGGAGGGGAAUUCAUGGCAACGAAGGCGAAGCAACAGUGCUGAAGUGUGCCGACAAGGGCGUGUCUCGUUCUAGCAGCGCAGGCAGUGAGCUGCUUGUUACCUCGCACGACGACAGCUACCAAACACGACCGUCCUCAGUUCGCUCGGUCAUCGAGCACGUUGCCCGAGGGAGCCACCUCAGUGCCGCGGCGACUGGCACCAAACCGAGUUUACACGGCUCAGCAGCUACAUCUCUCACGGCACCGACAUACGUCGGUGGCAGCGGCGGUGCGGCCACGGUAGUGGAGGCGCUCCUGGACGCCGAUACAGUCUCCCACAACUCGUCACUGCGCAUUCAACGCGUCCUCUCAGCCUCGUCGCUGCGUUCCGCUUCCCUCAUGAGCUCGCCGCUUCAGGAGCCGCAGUUCAGCACGCAGCGGCCACAGGGGUACAGUGGUGGGAGCGCCAGCAGCCAACCCAACGCAAGCGUCUCGCAGCGGUCACCAGACUCGGCGGAGAUGUCGCCAGCCGCUGCGACCGCCUACUUACGCAGCGCGAGUCUAUUUCGACGACCACACCGGCUCGAGGUUCCCGUGAGCCGGACGCACUCACUGCGCCGCGCGCCGUCAAUUCCAUCUCCGGUGUCGGUGGAGGGGAUCAAUUUGGGGUCUGCGCCUGAGGUGACGCAGCACAGCGGCACACUGAAGACGGCCCCCGGCGCGCAUGGAAACUCCUCUGCUGCAUUAUCUCACCUGGCGAAGACCACUGGUGGCCCGCACCUCAGCAGCGGCGGAGUUGGCACCUUGCGAACGUCAUCGUGCUUUGCUAGCUUUCCGCCAGUGGCGAUGGGCGCCAGCACCACAGCGGACUCUCCCCACUCGUCUGUUGCGGGGUUGCAUUUCAAACGGGUCAUCUCGCUGGACUCCGAGGGUGGGUUGUGGCCGCAAGGCUCAUUCGCCGACUCGCUGGAGGCGAGUCAGCAGAAGGUGGCGGUUCUUCAGGGAUGGGCAUCAGGGUCCACCAUGGAGGCGACUCUCUUAUCAUCCCCGCUGUCGCAGGGGGUGGGGCUGGUGACCGUCACAGGAAGCCAUGGUGACAGCUACGGGGCUUUGACCUCCCCAUCGGAGGGCCAGUGCGGGGGUGUGAUGCCUGUUGCCACGUCCUUCUCAGACCACCGCAGUUCUGUGUUGCCGCCAGGGAGAGCGGAACUCUCGCAAAGCCACUGUGGCGCCCCCAAUCCCACUGUUUCGAGAGCCUCGGCGGUGACAAUGCCGUCUGCCGUGCUCGGCUGCUCGUACUCUCGGCCGCGUCCAGCAGCCCUAUUGUCCCCCGCGCACUUUAGCUUGUCUUAUCAAAGUCGCCCUAACGACGCCGUAACAAUGCCAACAGCGUUCGCGCCCGCACCGACCGCCGCUGGCGAUAGUUUCGCAGCUGACGGACUGAUACCGUACUCGUACCGCAUAGAGGAGGAGAUCCUCACCGAAUUUCUGCGCUGCGUUCACGACCUCACUCGAGCCAACCUCACCGAUGCCGAGUUCGACUCCCUUCAACUCUACUACUUCCUUCCAGGUGUGUCGCUGGUGACACCGGUGGUCACAGCUCAAUCACUCUCGUCCUCGCUGCCACCACUCGCACCACCGUUGCCUCUCUUCAAGGGGGGUGAGCUGGUGCCUCUGCGCCGCGGCAGCCUUGAUGUUUUUUGUUCUCUCAUUCGGGAGCGAUUGGCGGCGGUGUGUCACAACCUCCGCAUUUCCAGCGCCCCCUACUUGGCACUGCUCUGA